CUUGUUCCUGGGAAUCAUGAUCAUGCCAACUACACCUGGACCCAGACUUUCAUCCUUGCUGGUUUCACCACCACUGGCACCCUACAACCUAUUGCCUUUUUGGGGACCCUGUGCAUCUAUCUCCUCACCCUUGCAGGGAACUUGUUCAUCAUCAUCCUAGUUCAGACAGAUUCUGGACUUUCCACACCCAUGUACUUCUUUAUCAGUGUCCUCUCCUUGCUGGAACUCUGGUAUGUCAGCACCACAGUGCCCACAUUGCUACGUACCUUGCUGUGUGGGCCUUCACCCAUCUCACCAACUGUGUGCUUUCUCCAGCUGUAUGUCUUCCACUCCUUGGGCAUGACUGAGUGCUACCUGUUGAGUAUCAUGGCACUGGACCGUUAUCUUGCCAUCUGUCACCCACUCCACUACCAUUCACUCAUGAACAGACAGGUACAACUAUGGUUAGCAGGGUCCACGUGGGUGGUUGGCUUCACAGCUGCACUUGUGCCAGCCAGUCUCACUGCCACUCUGCCAUUCUGCUUGAAUGAUGUAGCCCAUUACUUUUGUGACCUGGUGCCACUAAUGAGGUUGUCAUGUGUGGACACAAACUGGCAUGCUCAUGUUCAUGGGGCAGUGAUUGGUGUGGCCACUGGCUGCAAUUUUGUGCUCAUCUUGGUACUAUAUGGGGGAAUCUUGAUAGCUGUGUUGAAGCUUCCCACAGCAGCCAGUUGUGCCAAGGCCUUCUCGACUUGUUCUUCCCACAUGACUGUAGUGGCACUAUUCUAUGCUUCUGCCUUCACAGUGUAUGUGAGCUCACCUGGGAGUCAACCUAAGGGCACUGACAAGCUUAUUGCUUUAGUUUAUGCCCUUCUUACUCCUUUCCUUAAUCCCAUCAUUUAUACCCUUCGCAACAAGGAAGUGAAGGAAGCUGUGAAAAGGAUCAGUAACAGGAUGAAGAUUAUUUUGUGGGAGACCUCAUAA